AGCUCCGGCAGCCGCGCUGGGCCUGCGUGCGAGUCUCCGGGUUCCCGCGGUCUCCGGUGCGCCAGCUUCGGGGAGCUCUUCCAGGCCGCGACCGUCGAGCGGACAAGCAUCUGGUUUUGUGAGCCCAUCAACUGGACCAACAGAGCAACAUCUUAUCCUGUCGCUUCCAGCAUGAGAGUCGUCUUGUCAGUGCUGCUGGCUGCCCUUCUGGGUGUGGAGCAAGCCCACUCCCUCGUGUGUUUCUCCUGCACCAAUCAGAAGAGCAACUUCUACUGCCUGAAACCCACCGUCUGCUCUGACUCCGACAACUACUGUGUGACCGUGUCUGCUGCUGCCGGCAUUGGGAACAUGAACUUGGGCUACACCCUGAACAAGGGCUGCUCCCCCAUAUGUCCUGGCCCGAGCAUCAACGUUGGUGUGGCAUCUGUGGGCACCAAGUGCUGCCAGAGCUUCCUGUGCAAUAUCAGCGCGGCUGGUGGGGGACCUCAAACCAGUGCCCCACUGCUGGGCAUCGGGCUUCUGCUUAGCCUGCUGUCAGCUGUGCUGCGGCUGGGCCCCUGACCUCCCAGACCCCAUACCCCCACAUCCCCUAAGCUCAGGAAGAAAGCCCAGUCCCUUCCAGAUUCUAGGAGGCCAUUGGACCUUCCAGCUCCUCUGUGUGCCUAUUCCCAGCCACUGGGCCCGGGGUCCCCAGAGCCAGGCCACAACCCAUACCCGCACUUGCCCUGCCCCGAGUGGGACCAGCAGCCCUUGCUUCUUGGGUCAAUCAUGUCACCUUCCUUGGGGGACCAGGGAGGGGAUGAGAGUCCCCCUGAAGUCUUAGGGUCCUAGGGUCCAGACUGAGUCCCAUGGGACACACUGAAAGGGACACCUAAGCCCCAAACCUGCCAGCCCCAGGCAGGCUGUGCCAAAAAUGGGGAGUGUAUGCCUAUGAAUGUGUGGGGUGGGCAUGCUGUCCACGUGCGGGUAUGAGGUCACGUGAGUGCUAUGGUGGGAAGGAAGACCAGGAAGAGUCCAGGGCCCAGUGGUGGCAGCCCAGAGAGCCCCCAGCUCCACCAAAGUCCCUUCUCCAGCAUUUCUGCAUCCACGUCCACAUUGCACUCACUUCAGGGGUACCCUUUUGGGGACAACCAUUGCUUCUAGGUCUAGACCCCCUCCCCCAUCCAGCUGAAUCCCCAGCUAUCCCUCCUUUACCUGUCCCCUCCUCUGCCCACAGUGGCACCUUGUUGCUACUUUGGUGCCUCAAAUAAAAGGUGUUU